AUGGAGACCCCAUCCCAGACCUGGCAGAAGAUUCGGUUCCCCUUCAUCCACUGGACUCCGCGUGAUGCGAGAGCCACCGGGGAGCUGAGGGACAGAGCAGCGCAGAAAGCCGGGGGAUGGAGCAGCGCGGAAAGCGUCCUCUCCCAGCUGCCUUCAUCAGGUCUUCAGCGUAUUUCUUCUCCAGCUGGAGAUGGUGGACCUGAUCGCAGCCUCUGCCAAGCCCACCUCUUCCCGCACGCCUGCCAGGCUGGGAGCAGCUUCUCCAAAAGUCCUUUGCUGUCAGCUGGGCACUCUGGGGGUGACAGACUGUCCACCCAUGCUGGGCUCAGGGCUGCAGAGAUCCUCCUCGUCCUAGCAGGGCUGUGUGCGUCAGGUCCUGCCGACGUAAGGCUGGUGAAUGGCCCCGACUCCUGCACGGGCCGGCUGGAGGUGCUUUACAAUGGCACCUGGGCGGCGUGCGAUGACCACUGGGACCUCAAGGGAGCCUGCGUGGUCUGCCGGCAGCUGGGCUGCGGGUCAGCGCUGUCGGCUGUUGGCGGGGCUCACUACGGGCGAGGAGCAGACCCCAUCUGGCUGGCCAACGUACACUGCGCCAGGAUGGAGGCCGCCCUUUCUGAGUGCUGGGCACGGCCCUGGGGAGCCCGCAACUGCGGGCACGGGGAAGACGCCAGCGUCUUGUGCUCAGGGGCACCCGCUCCAGGUUCGACCCGUACCAGGCUGGCGAAUGGCUCAAGUUUCUGCUCCGGCAGAGUUGAAGUCCUCCACGAUGGCGAAUGGGACACCGUGUGCGACGACAGCUGGAGCCUGAUGGACGCCAAAGUGGCGUGCAGGGAGGUGGGCUGCGGCCAGGCACUGUCAGAUCAGUUUGGGGCUGCCUUCGGGCAGGGGUCGGGGCCCAUCUGGCUGGACGAAGUGACCUGUGGUGGGACGGAGGCUGCCCUUUCUCUGCGCCAGGCCAGGUCCUGGGGGAGCCAUAACUGCAACCCCAGAGAGGAUGCUGGCGUUGAAUGCACGGGUAACUCUUGACUCCUGCCCCAUCAGAAGGGUCCCCUUUGCAGAAGGGACCAUUCUGCAACCCAUACGUGGGGGACAGUCGGCGCCAACGGCUGGAGCCUGGUCGAGGCGGUGGUGGUCUGCCGGCAGCUGGGCUGUGGGACGGCCGUCUCUGCCCUGGGCUUGGCUCACUUCGGGCAGGGGUCCGGCCACAUCUGGCUGGAUAAUGUGAACUGUACGGGGACAGAAGCUGCCCUCUCUGAAUGCCAGGCCAGGCCGUGGGGAUCCAACAGCUGUGACCACCGGGAAGAUGCUGGUGUGGUAUGCUCAGACACUUCGGGACAGCUCCCGCUGCGGCUGGCAAACGGCUCGAACAGCUGCCUGGGGAGAGUCGAGGUCUUUCACGACCAGAAGUGGGGGACCGUGUGUGACGACACCUGGGACCUCCAUGACGCCGCCGCCGUGUGCAGGCAGCUGGGCUGCGGGAUGGCGCUGUCAGCACCAGGCUCAGCUCAUUUUGGGCCAGGUUCGGAUCCCAUCUGGCUGGACGGUGUUCACUGCACGGGGUCCGAGUCCACCCUCACUGAGUGUGAGCUGAGCAACUGGGGAGAGCACAACUGUGGCCACAGCGAGGAUGCUGGCGUGGUGUGCUCAGGCACAGACCCCUUGCAGGUGCGGGUGCAGGAUGGCCCCGGUCCCUGCGCGGGGCGGGUGGAGGUGCUCUACAACGCUACCUGGCAUGGGGUGUGUGGCAGCAGAUGGAGCUUGCUGGAAGCUGGGGUGGUCUGCAGGCAGCUGGGCUGUGGGCCAGCCCAGUCGGCACCCGUUGGAGCCCAGCUCAGGCAGGGGGACGGCCGUGCCUUGCUGGAGGGGCUGAGCUGCCGGGGGACCGAGUCAUUGCUCCUGGAGUGCCAGCAGAGAGAGAUGGGUCUGGGGCCGUGCAGGCAGGGCUCGGCAGCCAGCGUGGUGUGUGCAGAGCAGAAAGAACUUAUACAGUCCUGCUCGGUGCUGGCAGGCCUGCUCAGCAUGGGGGCAAUGGUCUGUGGGACCCUGUUGGUCCUCUACCUGUGGACAAGGUGUGGAAGACGGGCUGGACGAUCCCCAGGCACAGCUGCUGAGAGCCCAGGGGGGCUCCUUCGCCUGGUGGGCGGUCCCGGCCGCUGCGCCGGGCGGGUGGAGGUGCUCCACAACGGGACAUGGGGGACAGUGUGCGACGACGGCUGGGGUUCCACCGAGGGUCAGGUCGUGUGCCGGCAGCUGGGCUGUGGGACGGUGCUGGACCUCUCCGACUGCCGCGCCAGGCCGUGGGGGGAACACAACUGUCACCACGUGGAGGACGCCAGCGUUGAGUGCUCAGACUCCAGCAUCACCGCCCUGGGCACCCUCCAGCUGCUCAAUGGCCCCAACCGCUGCGCCGGGAGGGUGGAGGUGCUCCACAACCACAUGUGGGGGACGGUCUGCGACGAUGGCUGGGGCCUGCUGGACGCGGCAGUGGUGUGCCGGCAGCUGGGCUGUGGCACACCGCUGUCGGCCACCAGCGGGGCUCACUUUGGGAGGGGCCACGAUCCCAUCUGGUUGGAUGAGGUGAACUGCACCGGCACUGAGGACACCCUCUUCGACUGCCAGGCCAGCGCGUGGGGGAAAAACAACUGCUUCCACGGGGAGGAUGCUGGAGUGAUAUGUUCAGCUUAAGAGAUGUCCGUGGCCACCAAGCUCCGCCUGGCCAAUGGUUCGACGCACUGCGAAGGCAGGGUGUAGGUCACCCAUGACGGCACCUGGGCAGCCCUGUGUGACGAGGGCUGGGGUCUGGCCGAGGCUCGAGUAGUGUGCAGGCAGCUGGGCUGUGGGAGAGCACUGUCAGCACCCGUCGGAUUCCAUUUUGGGCAAGGACCUGGGCAAAUGUGGCCUGACAGCGUGAGCUGCGUAGGGACGGAGACUGCCCUCUCUGCAUGCGCGGCAAAGCCCCGGGGCAAUGGCACUUGUCACCAUGGGAGAGAAGCUGGCGUGGUGUGCGCAGGUAAUUCGGAGGGCGACCAAGUCCGGCUGGUGAACUAUGGCAGCCGCUGCGCUGGCAGGGUUGAGGUCUUCCAUAACAAGAAGUGGGGGACCGUGUGCGAUGACAACUGGGACCUGCUGGACGCUGAGGUCGUCUGCCGGCAGCUGGACUGCGGGCGAGCACUGUCGGCCCCCGGGGGGGGUCAGUUCGGGCAAGGGGAUGGCAUCAUCUGGAUGGACGAGACGAACUGCACGGGGAUGGAGAGCACGCUGUCUGCCUGCCGGGCCCGGCCGUGGGGCAUUAAUAAUUGCUACCACGGGGAAGAUGCUGGCGUGGUUUGCUCAGGUGACCAAUGCUCCUUCGGCAUUGGUCCAUGCAAGCUGGCAAACGGCUCGCACCGCUGCGCUGGCAGAGUCGAGGUGCUUCACCAGGAGGAGUGGGGAGCUGUCUGCAACAGUGGCUGGGAUAAGCAGGACGCUGAGGUCGUGUGCCGGCAGCUGGGCUGUGGGACGGCACUGCCGGCAUUAGAGGGGGCAGACUUUGGCACCGGACCUCAACGCAUCUGGCUGGACAACGUGAACUGCCAGGGGACGGAGCCAGCCCUUACGAAAUGCCGGGCAAGCCCAUGGGGAGAGAGCAGCUGCAGCCACGGAAAGCACGCCAGCGUGGUAUGCUCAGGCUCGGCUGUUUCCACUUUUGCCCCUGUCCGGCUGGUGGAUGGCCCAGGACGCUGCGCCGGGAGGGUCGAGGUGUUUCACAAUGAGAAAUGGGGGACAGUGUGUGAUGACAGCUGGGACUUCGUGGAUGCCAAAGUGGUGUGCCGGCAGCUGGACUGCGGGACGGUGGUAAUGGCUCCGCGGCGGGCUCACUUCGGGCAGGGACAGGGACCCAUCUGGCUGGAUGACGUGCGCUGCAUGGGGACUGAGGCAGCCCUCUCCGAAUGCAGAGCCAAGGGCUGGGGUGUCCAUGGAUGCGAGCAUGGAGAAGAUGCCGGUGUGGUGUGCUCAGGAUCAGGCAUUUCUGACCUCGGAAGCCUCCGCCUGGUGAAUGGCUCAGACCUGUGCUCCGGAAAAGUUGAAGUGUUUCAUGAUCAGCGCUGGGGGGGCAUCUGCACUGAUGGCUGGGACCUGGCUGAAGCCCACGUGGUGUGUCGGCAGCUGGGCUGCGGGGCGGCGCACUCAGCUGCUGGGUCUGCCUGGUCUGGGACAGGAGAUGGCCUGAUCUGGGUGGAUGCCGUGGAGUGCACCGGGACGGAGGGGGCCCUCUUCGAAUGCAAGGUCAAGUUCUGGGGCGCUGAGAGCUGCAAGUCAAGGGGGCACGCAGGCGUCUCGUGCUCUGUGUCCGCAGGUCAGUGCUCAGAAGCCCUGCGGCUAGUGAACGGCCCGCACCGCUGUGCCGGGAGGGUGGAGGUCUUUCACAGCCAGCAGUGGGGAACCAUCUGUGACGAUGGCUGGGACCUGAACGACGCAGCCGUGGUGUGCCGGCAGUUGGGCUGCGGGACAGCCAUGUCAGCCCCAGGUUUAUCUGGGUUUGGGCAAGGAUCUGGCCCCAUCUGGCUAGAUGGGGUGAGUUGCAUUGGGACAGAAGCCACUCUUGCUGAAUGCCCGGUCAAGCCUUGGGGACAACAUGCAUGUAACCACGUGGAAGAUGCCAGUGUUGUGUGCUCAGGCUCGGGGAUUGCCAGCAUCCCCAGGCUUCGCCUGGUGGGUGGUUUGAGCGAGUGUGCCGGGAGGGUCGAGGUGUUUUAUAACAACAAGUGGGGGACGGUCUGCGAUGACAGCUGGGACCUGAGAGACGCGGCAGUGGUCUGCCGGCAGCUGGGCUGCGGGGUGGCCCUCUCGGCCCCCGGCUUGGCUCGGUUUGGGUGGGGAGCUGGCCCCAUCUGGCUGGACGACGUGAGCUGCACAGGGGAGGAAACCGACUUCUCCAAGUGCCAAGCCAAGAUGUGGGGCAUCCACAACUGCCACCACGGGGAGGAUGCUGGUGUGGUGUGCGCAGGUGAGAGCCCGACUGUCCGGCUUGUGGACGGCCCGCAUCGCUGUGCCGGGAGGGUGGAGAUCUUUCACAACCAGCAAUGGGGGACGGUCUGUGACAACGGCUGGGAUCUGAGCGACGCAGCAGUGGUCUGCUGGCAGCUGGGCUGCGGGGUGGCUCUCGCGGCCCCGGCAGGGGCUUCCUUCGGGAGGGGGCUGGAUCCCAUCUGGCUGGACAGGGUCACCUGCGUCGGGGGGGAGAAAGCCCUCGUGCAGUGUCGGGCCAGGCCCUGGGGAAUCAACAGCUGCACCCACGAAGAGGAUGCCGGUGUGGUCUGCUCAGACCUGGCCAGGGCAGAGGUGGCAGAGGUCCGCCUUGUAGAAGGACCGAACCGCUGCGCCGGGAGGGUGGAGGUGCUCCACACCGGGCAGUGGGGGACGAUCUGCGAUGACAGCUGGGACCUGAAUGACGCGGCGGUGGUGUGCAGGCAGCUGGGCUGCGGCAGAGCUGAGGCAGCCCACAGCCGGGCUUACUUCGGGCAGGGGACGGGGCACAUCUGGCUGGAUGACAUGAGCUGCACGGGGAGCGAGGACAACCUCGCCCAGUGCCAAGCCCAUCCCUGGGGACAGAGUAACUGCCACCAUGGAGAAGAUGCUGGCGUGGUGUGCUCAGAUGCCAACAUCACAGAGGACGUGCAGGUCCGCUUGGCCAACGGCCCGAACCGCUGUGCCGGGAGAGUGGAGGUGCUUCAUGAACAGCGGUGGGGGACCAUCUGCGAUGACAGCUGGGAUUUGAAGGAUGCCAAGGUGGUCUGCCAGCAGCUGGGCUGUGGGACAGCCGUGUCGGUCCCAGACGAAGCUCACUUCGGGCAUGGGUUGGACCCCAUCUGGCUGGAUGAUGUGGAGUGCACCGGCAUGGAGACCACCAUCUCCCAGUGCAGCCUUAGCAGCUGGGGACUCCAUAACUGCAACCACAACGAAGAUGCAGGAGUUGUGUGCUCAGGCACAGACCCCUUGCAGGUGCGGGUGCAGGAUGGCCCCGGUCCCUGCGCGGGGCGGGGGGAGUACAACGCUACCUGGCAUGGGGUGUGUGGCAGCAGAUGGAGCUUGCUGGAAGCUGGGGUGGUCUGCAGGCAGCUGGGCUGUGGGCCAGCCCAGUCGGCACCCGUUGGAGCCCAGCUCAAGCAGGGGGACGGCCGUGCCUUGCUGGAGGGGCUGAGCUGCCGGGGGACCGAGUCAUUGCUCCUGGAGUGCCAGCAGAGAGAGACAGGGCUCGGGCCGUGCAGGCAGGGCUCGGCAGCUGGCGUGGUGUGCACAAAGCCAAAGGGAGCAUCGCAGAUGCUUUCCUGA